AUGAGUGAAAACGGAAAUCGCUUGAACGGUGGUUACCAUUUGCUCCGCCGCGAGAAUCCGCCGUCGAAGGCUAAAGUUAUGGGCGGAACCGUUCGAAGACGGUGUAGAAUAAUGUUUGGAACCGCGAUUGGAGAAGACGAAAUCGGAGGAAGAAGAGUGAGAGAGAAAGAGAAAAAAUCUCAAUAA